UUGGAGUCAUUUUUUAUUAAUGUUCAAAGCAGUAUAUAAGGAAGAAAAGAUGUAGAGUUUUUCUCACAUCCUCAAAAGACAUUUCAAACUCCAUAGGCCACCAAACACUAGUAUUUCCCAUGGCUCUAUCAUUCCAAAAGGAACUAAAUCAAGUGCUUUUUGAAGAGAAUGCAGGAGUGAGGAAAGUGAUACUGAAUAGACCCAAGAAAUUAAAUAUCCUCAACUACGAAAUGGUUUGCCAGAUGUUAAAGAAGCUGGAAGCCUAUGAGAAUGAUCCCACAGUGAAACUUGUGAUUCUAAAGGGAAAUGGAAAAGCUUUUUGUGCUGGUGGUGAUGUUACCGCUGUGAUAACUUUUAUCACUACUGGCCAUUGGAGCUUUGGUGCAAGCUUUUAUAGGAAGCAACUCGCUUUAGACUAUUUACUCGGAACAUACAAGAAGCCUUUGGUUUCGUUGAUAAAUGGAUUUGUAAUGGGAGGAGGUGCCGGAAUAUCCAUGCAUGCAACAUUUCGAAUUGUUACUGAGAAAACUGUAUUUGCUAUGCCAGAAACAUCAAUAGGACUUUUUCCUGAUGUCGGUGCUUCCCAUUUCCUAUCGAGGCUUCCGGGAUUUUUUGGCGAAUAUCUAGGGCUGACCGGAGCUCGAUUAGAUGGAAUUGAGAUGCUUACAUGUGGCCUUGCAACUCAUUUUGUCAAUUCAAAGGAUCUUGAUUCGUUGGAAAUUGCACUCAAUGCGGCGGGUUAUUCGGAUACAUUGGACAUCAUGACCAUUUCAAAGAUUAUCAACAAAUUUGUACAAAAAGUACAUAUAAAACAAGAUAGCUCGUAUAGAAGAUUGGAAAUUAUCAACAAAUGCUUCUCAAGAGAAACAGUAGAGGAAAUAUUAUCAUCAUUGGAAAAAUUAGUUGUAAACAAUGAAGAGACGUGGAUUAUUGAGGCAAUAAACUCUAUGAAGUCAGCCUCUCCUACAAGCCUUAAAAUUUUUCUGAGAUCGAUCCGAGAAGGUCGAACCCAGAAGCUUAAACAGUGUCUUGUUCGUGAGUUUAAUGUUUUGUGCCACAUAAUGCGAAGGACAAUUCAUGAUGAUUUCUUUGAGGGUUCGAGAGCAAUGUUUUUUGACAAGGAUAAACGACCACAGUGGAAGCCAUCGAAGCUAGAGCAAGUGAGUGAAGAAAUGGUCAAUCAGUGUUCCAAUAACAUUGAUGAUGAUGACUGGGUGAAAUUACAAAUUCCUACAAGAUCCAUGCCAACCUUCACUGUGCAAUCAAAAAUCUAGCAUCAAUAGUGGAAGAUAGUGAAAUAAAUUAAGUGAUUGGUUUUAUGAUUGUAAGAAAAACAAAAUCUAAACUAUUCAGUGUAAAAAUAUUUGUCAGUUGUUUGACUCUGUAUCUAAGUACACAU